ACCAGAUCCUAACACAACCUCCACUUUCGCCACGUAAAGGCGCCGCCCAACUAGCCAUGGCUCUCAAACGCAUCGCCCAAGAACUCACCAUCCUCCAGCGCGACCCCAUAGACACAUUCUCCGCGGGUCCAGCUGAGACGGGCAACCCACUAGAAUGGGUAGGAUACAUUACGGGUCUACCAGACACUCCAUUCGAACGAGCAAAGUUCGCGUUCGCAAUCGCUUUUCCAGAGAAUUACCCCAUAAAACUUUUCCGGCUUAGUUUUACAACUCCAAUUUCGCAUCCUAAUGUUUCUGAAGAGGGAGUUGUGCUUAUGCCGGAACUGGGGGAAGAGUGGUCCUCGGUGCAGACUGUUCGCACUGUUUUGAUUUGUUUGCAGGUUUUGCUGAUGGAACCGGAUCUUUCUACGCCGUACUAUUGAAGGCGUAAAGUUAGAUACGGCAAUCGAAAUCCGUCUCUGAUUGCGGUAAAAACGCCAUGCAGUGUUUGUCAAACAAACAAAUCCUAAAUCAAAUUUUGACAAUCUACCAUCCACGAAGGAUAAAUCUCCAGACUCUACAUCUCAGUUCGUGUGAAUUUCCUAACCGCAAAGACUUCGUCGACUUACA